GUGACCAUCUUCCGACAUACGAGAGAGACAGAGUAACAGGUUUCUUUCAAGUUCUAAGUGAAAAGAUUCAUUUGACUAAAACACAAACCCUAGAUCCAAGGUACCCAUUAGUUUGAUCCAACUUCCAAUUCAUUACAAUUUUCAAAACCCCUUUUAGUUUAACAAUUUACACUGUAUAAGAAGCAUAAAGUCUGCAUCUUGUGUGUGUUUGGUGUCUGUAUUCUUCUUCUUAACCUAUUAUCUUCAUAGGUUGUUUUGCUAAUACGAACACUUAAGGUACAAUUCUUGUUCUUUUAUUUUGUCGGUGACACUUACUAGUUGAAGUGAUUCAAGAUUCAUGUAACAUUUGGUUUAGAAUGUGAUUUACGCAAUGAAGAAGUGGACUGGAGGUGUAUUAAUCAUAGGGCUUACUUGUGUUUUGCUUUUUAGCUAUAGCUUUAUACAACAAAAACAACCACAAAAGCAAUCUGCAUAUCAAUUCUUUCAUCCCGAUGACGACAAAAUCGCCAAUUUUAGUAAACCCGUAGGAGAAAAGUUAGAAACUUUAACUAUUAAACCGCACCUAGUUGAUGUCGAUGGACUCGAUUACCUGUUUAACUCGACUCACACGCUUAAACGAGAGGAAUUAAAGCCAUUGUUGGCGUGGGGGCAAAUGCGUCUUUUACUGUCGAGAUCCGAUUCUCUGCCCGAAACAGCUCAAGGAAUUAAGGAAGCUGCUGCGGCAUGGAAAGUGCUAAAAUCUGAAAUUGAUGAAACGCGAGUGUCUAAAUUCGAUCAUAGUACAAUGGAUAAGAAUUGUAGUUUUUCGGUUAGUGCCGUGAAUGGUAGUAGUUUGGUUGCUAGCAAUGAUACGGUUAUUCUUGCGAUACCUUGCGGGCUUAUUGUGGAUUCUUCGGUUACGCUUAUUGCUAUCCCUGAUGGGAAUCAAGAUGGGUUUCAAAUAGAGUUUGUGGGGUCACAAGGCAAAGAUGAGACGGACCCACCUGUCGUUUUGCAUUACAAUGUGGUUUUACCGGGAGAUAACUUCACAAAGGAGCCGGUUAUUGUUCAAAAUACGUGGACGUAUGAGUCUGGAUGGGGCAAAGAGGAAAGAUGCCCCAAUCACGGGUCUUCAAACAAUGUAAAAGUUGACGGGCUUGUAAAAUGCAACGAGCAACUUACUAGAACCUCAACGGAAGAAAAAUCGAACGUUUCAGAUCAUAAUCACAUGGGUUCAAACUUUCCAUUUUCGGAUGGAAGUUUGUUCGCUGCAACAAUUUGGGCAGGUAAAGAGGGAUUUUAUGCAACCAUAAAUGGAAGGCAUGAAACAUCUUUCGCGUAUAGAGAGAAACUUGAACCAUGGUUGGUGAGCGGGGUGAGAGUGAAAGGCGGCUUGCGUAUCAUAUCCACAUUAGCUACAGGCUUGCCAGUGUCGGAAGACAUUGACAUGGUUAUGAAUGUUGAAUCCCUCAAAGCUCCAUUGAUACCUAAACAAAGCAAGAGGCUCUUACUACUCAUCGGGGUUUUCUCUUCUGGAAAUAAUUUUAAGCGCCGUAUGGCUUUGAGGAGAUCUUGGAUGCAAUAUGAUGCCGUUCGUUCCGGGGUGGUUGCUGUCCGUUUUUUUAUUGGUCUUCACAAGAACAAGCAAGUUAACUAUGAGUUGUGGAAAGAAGCCCAAGCUUAUGAAGAUGUUCAGUUGAUGCCUUUUGUAGAUUACUAUAGUCUACUAACUUUGAAGACCAUUGCAAUAUGCAUUAUGGGGACGAAGAUCUUGCCUGCAAAAUACAUAAUGAAAACCGACGAUGAUGCUUUUGUGAGAGUGGAUGAAAUCCUUGCUAGCCUCAAGACCAAGAAUCCCGACGGGCUCUUGUACGGUCAAGUAUCCCUCGACUCUAAACCACAACGGGACAAAGACAACAAAUGGUAUAUUAGUACAGAGGAAUGGCCAGAAGAUUCAUACCCACCAUGGGCACACGGUCCAGGUUACGUGAUUUCCCGAGAUAUCGCGAAGUUUAUUGUCCAAGGUCAUCAACAAAGAAAUUUGAAGCUUUUCAAACUAGAAGAUGUUGCUGUGGGGAUUUGGAUCCAACAGUUCAAGAAACAGAUUCGUGAAGUUCAAUACGUAAACGAUGAGAGGUUUCACAACUCCGGGUGUGAGCCAAAUUACAUACUUGCCCAUUACCAGAAUCCGAGAAUGGUUUUGUGUUUGUGGGAAAAGUUGCAGAAAGAACAUAAGCCUGAUUGCUGUGAUUGAGAUUUUUGUUACAUCUUUCACACAUUCAUCAAUUUUUAGUGUUUUUUAUUAUUGCAUUCUAUGCUAUGCAACAUGUUAUGAGUUGGGUGUGUUUUUAUAAGCUUGUUUAAGUUUUGACCCGGUCGAUUGAUUCAAGACGGAUGGGUUUAACAA